AUGUUGGAGCUGUUCCUUACCAACAACCAGCUGAGGUCGGUGGAGGGCCUCGAGAAGCUGACGCAGCUGCAGACGCUACACCUCAACAACAACCAGCUGACGUCGGUGGAGGGUCUCGAGAAGCUGUCGCAGUUGCAGUACCUGGACCUCAACAACAACCAGCUGACGUCGGUGGCGGGCCUCGAGACGCUGACGCAGCUUCAGAGGCUGUACCUCAACAACAACCAGCUGACGUCGGUGGAGGGCCUCGAGAAGCUGACGCAGCUGCAGACGCUGCGCCUCUCCAACAACCAGCUGACGUCGGUGGAGGGCCUCGAGAAGCUGACGCAGCUGCAGUUCCUGACUAUCAUGAACAACCAGCUGACGUCGGUGGAGGGCGUCGAGAAGCUGACGCAGCUGCAGCAGCUGGCCCUCGACAACAACCAGCUGACGUCGGUGGCGGGCCUCGAGAAGCUGGAGCAGCUGCAGAGGCUGCACCUCCACAACAACCAGCUGGCGUCGGUGGAGGGCCUCGAGAAGCUGACGCUGCUGUUUGAGUUGCACCUCCACAACAACCAGCUGGCGUCGGUGGAGGGCCUCGAGAAGCUGACGCAGCUGCAGGCGCUGCGCCUCUCCAACAACCAGCUGGCGUCGGUGGAGGGCCUCGAGAAGCUGACGCAGCUGCAGGCGCUGCGCCUCUCCAACAACCAGCUGACGUCGGUGGAGGGCCUCGAGAAGCUGACGCAGCUGCAGUUCCUGACUAUCAUGAACAACCAGCUGACGUCGGUGGAGGGCGUCGAGAAGCUGACGCAGCUGCAGCAGCUGGCCCUCGACAACAACCAGCUGACGUCGGUGGAGGGCCUCGAGAAGCUGACGCGGCUGCAGAGGCUGAGCCUCGACAACAACCCGCUAGCCACCAUCCCGCGAGGCGUUGCCUCGCUCCGCUCGCUAACCGCGCUCGCCAUCGACAGCGCGCAGCAGCGCGCCUUCCGCUCACGCCUGCGGUCUCUUGCUCCUGGGGUGGUGCGGCUACGCGAGGGUUAG